CUGAGGGCUUAUGCGGCACAUGAUGUCCUUGAGCCUCAGUAUGCUCAGUUGGGAGACGUGGCCACACAGGCACUACUGGCUCCUUCUGCCUGGUUCUCAUGAGAUGGGGCUUGGACCGGAUAACCACCGGUUAUCCUUUCUGGCUGGAGCUUUUCAGGUUCUAGAAUGGUGUAACUGGAGCACAAGAGGUGGUGAGGGAUCCUGAAUGACCUGAAUGGGGGAGGUCUCUAAUGUCACUGACCAGCUUCCGAGGCCAUGGGAGGAAGGGACUUCUCUGUGGGGCACCCCUUCCCUUCCCAGCUUAGUUCCCAGCGGCUUGCUCUCCGUCUCUGCUUCCCCACACCCUGUUUUCAUCUCAUCUCCUCACUUUCCCUAAUUUCAUUACCUGGAUCACAUAAGCUUCCUUUAUAAAUAGGGGAAUUGCUAAACCCUUGAUGGAGCCAGAAAAGGAGAGGGAGGCUAGAAAAUCUAGGCUCUCAAUGCACCUAUUUCAGCGUGGGUGACAGUCACACCUGUCUGGGGCCUCUGUCUCUACUGUCCCCCUUGUUUUGUAUUUAGCAUUUGUUGUAAAAUAAUACUACAGCAUACAGGCUCCUGCUUGGAGGAUAUCCUGGCAGGGCAGUGGGUCUGGCAGUUGUUACUGUCUGGACUGUUGAGGAACCAGCAUGCAGGUAGCACUCCAGGCUCACUGUGGAAUGAGGUACAGCUCCCAGCACCCAUGGCAGCUAUUGGAGCCUUCCAAACCUUCCCGGCCUUCCUGUCUUAACCCCACCCUUCUCUUUCUCCCUGUUGGCCCUCUCUCUCUCCAUUAUUCUUUCUUCUAUAGUCCCUUCCUGUCUUUGUCCUGUCAAAGUCUCUCCUCUGUGGUGGGUACUGCUGACCCCUUAUCUACCUGGCCAGUGGCUCUGGUCUCCAUUUGUCUGGUUGGUUGAUCCCCAUGGCGUUCGCUCCCUGUUGUUGGUGAUGGAGCAGAAUGAGCAGUGGGUGCCAGGUCAACAGCUUGGCCUGGGCUGGGCCUCUCAGCAGCUUUAUGGCCUUGAGGAAGUCACUUUACCUUCCCGGACCUCACUUUACGCAGUUACAAUUGAAGAGCUGACUUAGAUGAUGCUACCAAUGGGUGUUCUGUGGCACUGAAUAGGAUCCAUGAUUUCCUCCUCUUUCAGACUGUCUAGGCAUGGAACAGGGUAAGUGGUUGCAAGUGUUACCAGCCUAGGGAGGAGGAAGUACAUAGCUAGGACACCACAGAAACCAGAACUGGUUUCAUGUGUGAGAACUGGUUAUUUCUCAAGUACUUCAGACCAAGGGAGACAAGCUGGUACCAGCAAAUAGCGGGGUGAAAUUGCUCUGGUGUGUCAGGACCCUAGAGGUCAAUCAAAAUGCAAAGCUGUGGCUGACCUGCAUUUCUUGAGGGUUCCAGUUAAUUCCUUAUCAAUAGGGCUAAAUUGUAUUGACGUUAUGAGUUGCCCCUGAAAUGGGAGAAGUGGAAUCACAGUAAUAAUGGCGACUCAAGUACAUGUGUAGAUCCACCUUCAGGGCUCUCUUAACGAUUUUUCUAACAGCUCUGUGAAGGAUUUGGGUAGGUAGUACUGGUCUCAUUUUACAGACUAGGAGACUGAGGCCCAGAAAUUAUGAGUUUGUCAGUGUUUAGCUUGUGAGUGGUAGUGAUAGGCUUGGAAGCAUCAUCUCUGGUCCUGAAACACAGCCUUACACUCACAGCCAUCAAGUGGACUGAAGAAAGGCCAACCGUGAAGGAGAGAAGGACUGGUACUGGCUUCCUACUGUCAGAUGUUCUACGAGCAGUACUUAGGGGAAGAGAUGAAAAUUAAAAGUGAAAAUUCAACAUAGUUGAAGCUACUAGGAAGUAAAAUCUGGGAGCUGAAUUUACAGUUAAAGAAAUACAUUCUGUAAGGUUUCACUUUCUUGAAAAUGAAGAAACUAACAGUGAUAUGACAUGAUUUCUGAUUGGAAAUAAUGAAGCAAAAGCAAAAUCAAAAUGAUGCUUCAACACCCAGGCCAGGUCUCUGCCUCGGAAGUCAGUGCCUCUGCCAUCGUCCCCUGCCUGUCCCCUCCUGGGUCACUGGUGUUUGAGGAUUUUGCUAACCUGACACCCUUUGUCAAGGAAGAGCUGAGAUUCGCCAUCCAGAACAAGCACCUCUGCCACCGGAUGUCCUCAGCACUGGAGUCAGUCACUGUCAGCGGCAGACCCCUCGAGAUGUCAGUCACGAAAGCCGAGGUAGCCCCUGAAGAAGAUGAAAGGAAAAAGAGGAGACGGGAAAGGAAUAAGAUCGCUGCCGCCAAGUGUCGAAACAAGAAGAAGGAGAAGACGGAGUGCCUACAGAAGGAGUCCGAGAAGCUGGAGAGUGUGAAUGCUGAACUGAAGGCCCAAAUUGAGGAGCUCAAGAACGAGAAACAGCAUUUGAUAUACAUGCUCAACCUUCAUCGGCCCACAUGUAUUGUCCGGGCUCAGAACGGGCGGACUCCAGAAGAUGAAAGAAACCUUUUUAUCCAACAGAUAAAGGAAGGAACAUUGCACAGCUAAGCAGCCAUGGAAUGUAUGGGGGCAACUGGAGAGUCCUCACUGAAUCCUUUUACAUCCAAAACCCUGAAGCCUUUGGAGAUCUGACUUCCUGUGCACUUCGAAUCUCAGCGGCAAAGAACCAUCGGUGUGGGAGACAGCCCUCGGUGACUUAGCUGGGCCUGUCCACUCUGCCCCAGAGUGGACUUUGGACCAGGGCAAGGGCAUCUUUUGCCCCAACUCCAGGAUGUAGGCCUUAUCAUACUGGCUAUUCUUGGAUUCUCCAGAUGGCCCCUGGUUGGGGUCCUGCCUGCUUUCAUCUGGAUUUUACAAAACCCAGGACUCCCACCAUUAGGAUUCAUGCAGAAAGGAUUCAUGCAGAAGUAUCUGUACCUUGGGUGGGUGGGGUGGGGCCACCUCCUCAGCUGCCACUGUCACUUGUAGGGGACGUGGAGUGAGAAUGGCAUUUAGCGAAGUUGUAUGAUGGCCAGGGUUGUGCUUUCUAGCAAAUGUGGUGUUACGUACAGGAAUUACUGUGUGCAAGGCAUUUGUUUCAAAAGUAGGCAUUGUGCUCUUCUGGUGUUUGCCUCACACAACACUGGGGCGGCCUUUCCAUGACGUUCCUCAGAUGUGGUUUCUGAGAGUCUGGGCAGGCUGUCACCAUGGGCAGUGUCUUACAAAACGUUCAGGCGGCCGGAAGAGCCUGGCAGCCCAGGGAGAACAGAAGUCUGCUGGUCAGCAGUGCAGUUUUGUGCCAACAGAGAAGGUCUCCUUUCCCUCAGCACCUAGGCAUUAACACAGAAUUCACGGGUGUGAGUGAAGGUCCUGUGUUAUAGUCAGUUAUGUCACAGGAAAAAAGCAAGAAGAAAGUCUAACUUCCAAAGGGUUACAACUCCCUGCUCAGUGACAGGUGAGAAGUUCCUUCUGUGCCGGGAGAGCCAAAGAGUAUUCCGUGUUCCUUUUCUUGUAGUUUGAAAACCACAUUCAGGGACACCUGUUGGAAGCCAGGUGAGACCUAGGCUUUAGCAUUAUUGGAUAUGAAUGGUAUUGUUUUCAUCAUGCGGCUGUCUGUGGAAACCUGGCCGAGAGCGUUUCCAGCUGUGAGAGGUCAUUCACACUGGCCACAAGGACUCUGGCUACUGUCUCAAUUCUGAUGUUUCUGUGAAAUCCUCAGAGUGUUUAAUCUUCCUCGAUAGUAUCAUCACAAUUUUCUGUAAGAGGAAAUACUACUUAUUUAUCCUAGUCUUUCUAACCUUGUCAAUGUAAUAAAUAUUGGAACCAAAGACGUGGUAAACUGAAGUGUUACGCUGGUUUCUGUUCUUUUGCAUUGGUGGGUUGUUGAGAUCUCGUCACCCCCUACCCCUUUCCUCUCUGUGUGGUGGGGGAAGGGAGGGGAUUGUUUAGCUUUAAAUACUCUGCAGGUGUCCUUUGUCCUCUGGGGUGCCAUUAGGUGGGAGAGUUGACUUUCAAUCCUAGUCCUCAAUCUCUGGCAUCUGAUACUUCCUUUCUCACUGACAAACCCUGGAACAAGCACCCAGUAUAUCCUUUUGACCAACUGCUUGGAGUUAAGAUCAAAUUUUGAUAGAAAAUCUGAAUUGCUAAAUAAAACUAUCAAUGUCUCUGAAUGUACAAAUGCCUAAAACAUACACCUGUUGUUCGACUUGAGCCACGGACACCUUACAUUCUGCCACAGAACUUCAAGUGUUACUGGAAUUACAUUUGUUAUAAGGUUCAAACAUGUGUCUCAUUGCAAAUAUGUAUUUUAAAUGUCAGGAAAAAACAGGGAUGAUGGGGAGGAAUGAGGGAGUAAUUUUAGACUGGAUAGGUAUGAUGAUUCAGAGAAAGGUACUCCACCCAGUUUUCUGUUCUCUCCACAACACUCAGUUCCUUAUGUCAGGAACAACCAGAUUCCCUUGCUCUUUGCCCUGUGCACAUACGUAACACUAGAAUAUGUAGGCUAGAAUAAAAAUUGGUUACGCUGCUACUGGUGUCCUACAGAGGGACACUGGCUUGAUUAAAUGUUAAGAUUCAUGCACAGGACUGGUGCCUGGUCCUUUUAACUCAUGUAUGGUUCCUUUAAACGAUCCCCCGUAACACAGUCUUCUUAAUUAUGUUUCUUUUAAUUGCACAUCAGGGGUAGUUCCUGAUCAGUAAAGAGUCAUCAGGCGGAAGUACCAUUCACCACUUCUUUCUGGAGAUGUUUCCCUUUCUCAGUGCAGGGGAAAUAAAUCCUUACAUUUACCCUCUGGUUGUGGGUAUAGGUGCCACACUCAGCCCUUACGAAACUCAAGGAAAUAUUUAAGCUGCCAGGGACGACAAAGGAUUGGAGAGGAAGAAAGUGGGUGGUGAUUCUGGCAAGAAAAACUGAUCUGAGAAAGGUGCUGUGUAUGUCAAUGGAAGUGUAUGUUCCUUUAACAAAUGUAUUAAAAAGUUUCAUUUUCUGUG